GAGCAGGGCUGGGGCUGCAGGGAGGCGGGGAGGAUCGGGGAGCCGAAGGCUGGGAGCAAGCUUCCGAAGUGCCAGAGGGAUCUGCGAGGGUGCCAGCGCGCUGUGUGCCUGGAUGACGGAGAGGGUCAGCGGAGUUGGGGUGCGCGGGUGGAAGAACGGACCGUGCCCCGUCACGGCGCUGUUGGGCUCAGGGUCUGGGCGCCUCUUCCGAAUGGCUUCUCCGAGUCCCAUCCCUUGGAUUGGGGAACGCGAAACGGGAUUAUUUGAGGCGCGCACCGUACAGAGGGUGGAAAACCUGGUCCCUUGCCUCCCCAGUAGGGAGAUUAAGGCUUCGAGACCUGCGGAGAACCUGACCCUCUCGUUGCCUCUGCAGGGAUGGGAAGGGGGACGCGUUGUUCCGGACUUUGGUGUCACGGAUGCAUCUCUGUCCUUGUGCAAGCGGGAGUCUGUGCACCUCCCAGGGGGUUGGCUUGGGCACAGAGUCGGGAGUGGGGCCCCUGAGAAACAUCAGUCUUAGUGCCCAUCUCCUCCUUUUCACUCCACUCGCCCUGGGGCUUUGUUAGACCGAGGUCUCUCAAGGAGGAAAGCCGAGCUGGCGACUGCAUCUCGAGCCCACGGACCCCGCUCAGCGCUGGCCCCAGGCCCGCCUUCGUCGGUUCCAAGAUUCUGGCCCUGCUUCCCUGGCCUCGGAGACCCGCCUCCGCUCCCCAGCCCCCGCUCCCAUCCCCAUUCGGUCUGCGCCUGCAGGCCCCUCCAGCCCCUCCUCCCGCUAACGUGGCUCUGGGACCCGGUCCCGGCCCAGACUCUGCUACCCGCCCCUCUCGGAGCCCCAGAUCCAGUGAGGGGGAGAGACGUCGAUCCCCUGGCCUCGGGCCCACCCCAUGCAAGUCUCUAGACACCUGGAUUAUCCUCGUUGGGGGCUGGGUGGGAGGGAGGGUAGGUACCGAGCCUAGGGCUGAGAGCUAAGGGUGAGGGGAACUGUCUUGGAGAAGGGAACGCGCCUGUUACUCGAGGCUCCUUGGCGCGCCCCCCGCUCCUCCAGAGGAAGGUGGACUGGGGCGGGUGAUCAGCCCGAGAGCUUCCUGCUAUUGUCCCCAGCCCGAUCUCCCCUUCUCCAUCCCUUCCCCAGCCCCCGCUAGCAUCUGGCUAUGACCCCGGCCACUCCCCAGAGGUGGCUGCUGGGCCAGGAGGAGAGAGAAGGGCUGUUUCCUCUUCCCAGCAAGGGGAGAAGCCAGGAGGGGGAGAAGGAAUCGCCAGGCCUCUCUUAUUUGCUCCAAGUGGGGAGGGAGGGGGUGUGAAGCAGUUGGGAUUGGUCCUGGCAGGGUAAGCCUUUGCCCAGGCCAGGGAUUGGAUGGGGGCCCGCUCAAAUGCUGCUCCCCCAAAUCAGCUAUGGGAAGCCCUCUUAAAGAUGUAUCAUAGUUAAGUCUAGGGGGCCAGUGUAAUGGCCAACCAAGUGUUUUUAGAGGCUGGACUAAUCCAAUCUAAGGUUGGGGGUAGGGUGGAGAGAUUGGGUGGGAAGGAGGUAGGGCCUGCUCUCUGGAAAGAAGGAAGGGGUUGGGGGUGCUAGCUAUCAGAGAGCAUUUUGCCUAGAAAUGAAGAGCAUGCAAAUGAGAUGCAAAUUACCCUCUAUUGUCCCCAGCCAGGGCGCUUUUGCUAAGAAGGCUGCUGGAUUCUGAAGGUUUUAAUGUGGGAGUGGUCGUCAUGCCCCACAAACUCUCCCAGUCACCCCUUUUCCCAAGACUAGUCCUGCAGUUUCAGGAGUUUCUGUGCAGGGGCCAGCCCCAGCCCCUGCCCUCACGUCUCUGGGCAUGAAGCGGCCAGCACCUCUGCAGUCAAGCUCAAUGUCUAUGGGUCCCCCACUUCCAGAGCAGCAUCUCCCCUACCCUAGCCUCAUUAGACUUCUCCUGAAUGUUCACGUUUACUUUUAAGGGAUGUGGAAAGGAGGUGUAAUUCAGUCUCUUCCCUCCUGUCCCUUCUUCCAUCAGGUCAGAGGUCUCCUAUCCCCCACAAACCCUCACAGGAGUCACCACCACAGGGCCAGCAUAUGGGUAAGGGGGCACCCCCUGGGGCCUGAGCUGCCCCGCACAGGAUGCCCCGUGCCCCUCACUUCAUGCCCUUGCUGCUACUGCUGCUGCUGCUCUCACUGCCCCACACCCAGGCUGCCUUUCCCCAGGACCCCCUCCCUCUGCUGACCUCUGACCUGCAAGGUAUUUCCCCAUUAUCCUGGUUCCGGGGCCUGGAGGAUGAUGCUGUGGUUGCAGAACUUGGGCUGGACUUUCAGAGAUUCUUGACCUUGAACCGGACCUUGCUAGUGGCUGCCCGGGAUCACGUUUUCUCCUUUGAUCUUCAAUUCCAAGAAGAAGAGGAGGGGCUAGUGCCCAACAAGUAUCUAACAUGGAGGAGCCAAGACAUGGAGAACUGUGCCGUGCGGGGGAAGCUGACGGACGAGUGCUACAACUACAUUCGUGUCCUUGUUCCCUGGGACUCCCAGACACUCCUUGCCUGUGGAACGAACUCCUUCAGCCCUAUGUGCCGCAGCUAUGGGAUAACUUCGCUGCAGCAGGAGGGUGAGGAGCUGAGUGGGCAGGCUCGAUGCCCCUUUGAUGCCACCCAGUCCAAUGUGGCCGUCUUUGCAGAGGGCAGCCUGUACUCAGCCACAGCUGCGGAUUUCCAGGCCAGUGAUGCUGUGGUUUACAGAAGCCUUGGGCCUCAGCCCCCACUCCGCUCCGCCAAGUACGACUCCAAGUGGCUCCGAGAGCCACACUUUGUCCAUGCUUUGGAGCAUGGAGAACAUGUCUACUUCUUCUUCCGAGAGGUGUCUGUGGAGGACGCCCGCCUAGGGAGGGUGCAGUUCUCACGUGUGGCCCGUGUGUGUAAGCGUGACAUGGGUGGCUCACCUCGGGCCUUGGACCGCCACUGGACAUCCUUCCUGAAGCUGCGGCUCAACUGCUCUGUCCCUGGGGACUCUACCUUCUAUUUUGACGUCUUACAGGCCUUGACUGGGCCUGUGAACUUGUAUGGCCACUCUGCUGUCUUUGGGGUCUUUACCACCCAGACCAAUAGCAUCCCUGGCUCUGCGGUCUGUGCCUUCUACCUGGAUGAUAUUGAGCGUGGGUUUGAGGGCAAGUUCAAGGAGCAGAGGAGUCUGGAUGGGGCCUGGACCCCUGUGUCUGAGGACAGGGUCCCCUCCCCCAGGCCAGGAUCCUGUGCAGGAGUAGGUGUAGCUGCCCUGUUCCCCUCUUCUCGAGACCUCCCUGAUGAUGUCCUGACCUUCAUCAAGGCUCACCCACUCCUGGACCCUGCCGUGCCACCUGCCACCCAUCAACCUCUGCUCACCCUCACCAGCAGGGCCCUACUGACCCAAGUAGCUGUGGAUGGCAUGGCUGGUCCCUACAGUAAUACUACAGUCCUGUUCCUCGGCUCCAAUGAUGGGACAGUGCUGAAGGUGCUGCCCCCAGGAGGGCAAUCUGGGGGCCAGGAGCCCAUUCUGUUGGAAGAGAUUGAUGCCUACAGCCCCUCCAGGUGCAGUGGGAAGCGGGCAGCCCAAACUGCAAGGCGGGUCAUAGGGCUGGAGCUGGACACUGAAGGUCACAGGCUGUUUGUGGCUUUCUCUGGCUGCAUCAUCUACCUCCCUCUUAGUCGGUGUGCCAGGCAUGGAGCCUGUCGGAGGAGCUGUCUGGCUUCUCAGGACCCAUACUGUGGAUGGGAUAGCUCCAGAGGCUGUGUGGAUAUCAGGGGACCUGGUGGGACUGAUGUGGAUCCAGCUGGGAACCAGGAAUCCAUGGAGCAUGAUGACUGCCAAGAUGGAGCUACUGGGAGUCAGUCUGGCACAGGGGAUUCUGCUUAUGGCGUGCGCCGGGAUCUGCCCCCAGCCUCAGCCUCCCGCUCCGUCCCCAUCCCACUUCUUCUGGCCUGUGUGGCUGCAGCCUUCGCCUUGGGCGCCUCGGUCUCUGGCCUCCUGGUCUCCUGCGCUUGUCGCCGCGCCCACCGACGUCGGAGCAAAGACAUCGAGACUCCGGGGCUCCCGCGCCCUCUCUCCCUUCGCAGCUUAGCCCGGCUGCACGGGGCGGGCCCGGAGCCGCCACCACCGUCCAAGGACGGAGACGGGGCGCAGACGCCCCAGCUCUACACCACCUUCCUGCCUCCUCCCGAGGCCGUGCCCUCGCCAGAGCUGGCCUGCCUGCCCACCCCGGAGUCCACGCCGGAGCUGCCGGUCAAGCACCUCCGCCACGCCGGGGGUCCCUGGGAGUGGAACCAGAAUGGGAACAACGCCAAGGAGGACCGGCGCCGCGCCCGGGGCGGGAAUGCUGCGGGCGGACCGGCGCCGCGCGUGCUGGUGAGGCCGCCGCCGCCCGGCUGUCCCGGGCAGGCCGUGGAGGUCACCACCCUGGAGGAACUGCUGCGCUACCUGCACGGCCCGCAGCCGCCCAGGAAGGAGGCCGAGUCCCCGGCCGCGGCCCCUUUCACCUCGCGGGCGCUCCCGCCCGAGCCUGCCCCCACCCCCACCCCCUUUGCGGGCUCCAGCCUGCUUCCGCGUGACUGUGCCCCGCCUCGGAGGCUGGACGUGCCCCCGGAGGGCAAGUGCCCGGCCCCCGCCGCCCGGCCUGCGCUCUCCGCCCCGGCUCCGCGGCUCGGGGUCGGCGGCAGCCGGAGGUUGCCCUUCUCCACGCACCGCGCCCCCCCCGCGCUGCUCACCCGAGUCCCCUCCGGAGGCCCCUCCAGGUACUCCGGGGGUGCCGGGAGACACCUCUUGUACCUGGGCCGGCCGGAGGGGUGCCGAGGCCGCGCCCUGAAGAGGGUGGACGUCGAGAAGUGCCAGGUGCCCUCUAAGCCUGCCCUCGUCGGACCCUCUUCCCAGCAGGCCGUCCCUAACGGCAGCCAUUUUAACUUUUAAAGGGAGCUGCUCCAAGGCCUCAAGUGGGACCCCUGACGCCCACGCCCUCGAAGGCCUUGAGCGUGGGCAUGUCUCCAAGGACAGGUCCCCUCCCUCUCUCCUUGUUCCACACCUCCAGCCUUCCUGGACUCUGAGAGUCUCCCAGGGUCUCUGCCCGCCUCGGACUUAUUUAUUGACUGCCGACUCUUUCCCCCUGUCCUCGAGAGAGGAGUGGGAGGUGAGAAUCUCGCCCCCUCAGUGAGCCAGCUUUUCGGGGGGAACUGGCACACUCCCACUCCCCCCACCUCAGCCAAGCUGCCUUAACUCGCCCCUCCGGGCUUCCUCCACAGACUGGGCCCCGGGCGGGCCGCACGGCGGACUGACGGGGCUGGGCCACGCGCGUUGUGUACAGCGUCCUCCCGGGACGUGCCUCUCCUACCGUGUAGGAGCCUCCGCUUCCCAAUACAGCUGUGUCCCCCAAUCGCUGCCUGACUUUUCUCGCGGAGGGGGCGGGGCAGGGUGGGAAUCAGUAGGCUGCUCUGAGCACCUUUGCCCCAGAAUCUCUGCCUUCGUCUUGGCCUUGAGCUCUCUCCCCAGUAAUUGGGAUGGCUGCGGUCCCACCGGGGUUAAUCAGGAAAGGUUUCCUGAAGGAGGCAAGCAAAGAAAUGGUGCUUGGAGAUGAACCAGGGCCCAGGAGACCCAGGGUAGAAUUUAGGUGGGGUUAGGGAGGGCACUGGGAGCAUGUUUCUGGGUCGAGGUAAGACGGCCUUUUUCGUAACCUGCUCUGUGGGGUAGGAGGAGGGUAUUUUUGGAGAAAUAAAAUGAAGCUGCAGCGUAAGUGAAUUAAGUUUCGCAUCAGGAAAC